CACACACUCAGCCACUCACUCACAGAGACGCUCAUGUCAGCUCCCUCUGUUUUACUUUGUGAAAUAGUAGUGGAUUACUUUCCAAACCGAGCCACUCACUGAGUAGAUCCAGGCAUGAUCAGGUGGCAGCGUGUCGGAGCAGCGUUGAAGUGUGAGAUGAACCAUGGAGGGGUGCAGGAGGCCAGUCACUAGCCGAGCCAGCAGCAGCCUCACAACCACCAGCACCAGCAGCACCAGCAGGAGAAGCAGUAGCCCAGGGAGGCCCCUGAGCAUGCAGCUGGGCUCUCACUAGCACCAAGUGGACCCCGUCCUCUCCUCUUCACCUGGGGGCCAGGGCUGCAGAAUGCUCAGUCCUGUCACCCCAUACAGUCUGUUGAAGAUGCACUGGUCUCCGGAGCACGCUGCCCCCUUAUCUCAGUGGCCUGAGCAGCACCUUGAUGUCACCUCCACCACCUCGCCGCCGUCUGCCCACAAACACGACCCCUACUCCACCGCUGCUCGCCGUGGCUUUGGCCCCACGGGUUACCCCUGGGCCAGUGAUGACAUAUCAGCCCUUACUGCUUCUUCUCUGCUGAAACGCUAUGCAGAUAAAUACUCUGGCCUGGAGCUGUCCUACGACCGCCCCCCUGCUGGAGCCUACUCCGAGCCUGGACCUUUCCUGAAGACAGAGCCUGAGGUCUGGGCUCUGGGUCAGAGCAUGGAGUGUUACCCUGGACUAGAGGCAUUAACUGGCACCAAGAUGGGUUCUGCCUCUGGGGGCAUCCCAGCCACAGGAAGUGUAACAGUCAUAAGCAGCAACCUGGCGUCUGAGCCAAGUUACAGUGGCGCUAGCUCCUGCAAUGCGCCGUCAUCUCAGGAAUACCCUCCUGCCUACAACAGCACCUACCUGUCCUCAGGAUACUGCCCUCAGCCCAGCGCAGCACUUCCCCCCGCCACGCUACACUCUCUGCAGGCCACACCCACUCUAGUGCCCAGCUACAGCGCCAGCACUCCCGUCUACAACUACCCUCCUGGGUGCUACCCCCAAACCAGCCUGUCCUCUGGAUAUAGCCACCCCAGUGCCUCCUACCUGCCCUCUGGCAUUAGUGCCCCGACUCCUCUGGCCCCUCGGCCCACCAUGUUGGGGGGGAGUUACAGUUAUGCGUCUCACAGCCUUGGAGGGAGCUCCGAGGCAGGGGCGCCGCUGAAACGCAAGGCUUUCGAGAUGUCGGAGGAAGGACAAGAGGGAGCAGAGGUGGAGGGAUCGCGCUACAGGAAGUACGGCAACGGAAACAGUCACAGCAAGAGCCACGGCAACGUGCACGCCAACGGCUAUGAUAUUGGCGUCCCCGCCUCCGAUCCACAGGCCUACAAGCCCGGAAAGCCUCUGAUGUCGCCCCCGUAUGGUGGGGCAGGGGAAUACAGCCCACCGUCGGGCCUUGCAGGAGAGAGUGUAUCAGGGGAGCACAACUUUCCUCAGCAGCAGCAGCAGAGAAUGUCCAUGAAGAUCCCGGCCCCGCACACACGGUCUGAGGAUCCAGCUGGAGGCCGCUGACACUCUCUGCCACUCAUGGAGAGGAUUCCCUCGCUCUUAUGAAGCAACCAGAGUUUUUAAUCCAGGCAGAUUUGGGGGAAUGGCAUUCGAUUUAUAAAACAAAAGGUUUCAUUUCACUACAAACACAGGAUAGCACAAGACUGGUAUUUUCUGUGCGUCUUUAUUUUUUUCCAUCACUCAUGUUUUUUCCAAAGAUUCACAGGGGCCUCUAGCCCCCAUAAGGUCGAGGUAAGUCUUAGGGGUGAGGUCGAGGCAUUCUCUAUAUGGAUAUUAUUAAGACAGUCUAUAUGUGUGAGUGUCUGUUUCUCUCAGGAUCCUAUUUAUUUCCUUUCUGCUGCUGUGGUAACAGCACUGCAAUGUUGCAGAUGUUUGAAGUCAGUGUAAUUAUUUGUGGCCGCUAUGUGUGUGACGGGCCUUUGACUGCAAUAUGUUCUACCACACCACAGAAAGAAAAAAUCAUUACUGACCAAAAAAAGUAAGGAGAGCAAUAACUGAAACGGUGAGAUUGCCACACUUCUUCAGCACAAUCACUGCUACUUUACAAAGCUCACUACACGACCUGUGUCACUCGAGAAAUGAAUGUUUCCCUGCUUUUUCCCGUGAACAUAUUCGUAACCCUUAUUUUUCAGUUUCCUUCACCUCUUUCUUUCUUCUCUGUUUUGCCGCUUCAGCAGCUUUUGUCUGUGUCCAGUUUAAGCACGCCAAGCUGCUCAUCAAACGUUCACAUGAUAGUAUACACGAAGCCGCCCUUGAGAAUGUUUUCACCUCAGGAAAGAGUGGAGAAAUAAUCUAAAUGUUAAUGUUCAUUUAAAACGUUCGGGUUUUUUUUGCAUUCACACAAUGUCAUUAUACAGAUUUAUGCAGACCGUGUGUUGCUUACAUGCAGAUUUAUAUCCUAAAACAAACGGGUGUGUCUGAAUGAUAAAACCUGUUCCAGUUUAUGCAUCAACUUAACCAAAAAACAAACAAAAAGGGCACUCAGUAGGGCACACCUUACACAGGAUUGUCCCGUUCCUAUAGUAGAAAUUUAAUAAGAAAAAAGGAAGCGGUAAGGAAAAAAAGCUCUUAAAGCCAGGGUUGGUAAUCCUGGAAAAGCUAGCAAACUUUGUUUCAGGAACAAAUCACCAAACCUGGCUUUAAUCCAUAUCUGCACCAACCCCAUCGAUUAAGUCGUUUUUGCAUAAUCCUGCUAACAAAUGAACCAGCAAGCAGACAAAGGGGAAAAUGUAAUCUUCUUGGUGGAGGUAGUUACCACGCUUAAGUUUUCUUUCUGCUAAAAUUCACUCAGAGCAAACAUGUUGAAGGUGAAUGAGCCUGUUUGGAUGCACAGACCAGUGAAUGAGUGACGUGCAGAUUUCUAUAAAUGCGUCUGGAUGAGAACAUCCAACAACGUCAACACGACUUUCUUUAUGAAGACCCGCUUGUCCUCUAGGAUUUGCCUCUUCUUUUUUCUAAAUAUGCAUUGUCUUUACCUUUGCCUCUGAAAAGGAUGAUUUAUAGUUGUGUUAUUGAAUACUCAGGAAGAAUAUUGUUACCUCAGAAUGAUAAAAAAAAAAGAAUGUAUGUUAUUACCUUUGGGUGUUUGUAAGGAGCUUUAUGGAGCAAGAUGAAAAUGGAGCCAUGGCUUUGUCAAAGAGAAAAAGAUACUCUGAACACUUCAGGGAAAUAAUGAACUCACAAGGCCUUUGAUACAAACCGUAGAAUACACACACACACAUACAGCCACACACACAUACAGCCAUGCACACGCACACACACACACACACACACACACGCUGCUUCUUAGCUCUGGGGGAAUUAAACUUGAGGUUUUUGUACCAAGGCCUGAAAUGUUGAAUGUAAUUCAGAUAUUUUUUUUAAAAAGGACAAUACAUGCCAUAAUGUACAUCAAUUUAUGUUUUUAGAUAUAUGAAACAUAUUUUCUUCUUGUAUAGAUGUAAUUCUUUGCUAGGUUUUUGAUGGAGCAAUGAAUGACAUGUUAAGUGUUAGUGUAGUUAGCAGUGGGGCAAUGGUUUUGUGGACAAAAAAAAAAAAAGUCAAAGCAAAGCACUCCUGAUAGACGACAUUCGACAUAUCAAGACACACAGUAUGUACCAUGCUCUAUAACAGGUAUUUUCAUUAAUUGUCUUAAUACAGUGUCCAGCUUCCAUUUCCCAUGUCAGUAUUGCAAAACUACUUGAGAGCACGUCACCGGUCAAUCAGCUGGAAUUUAGCUUUAACGUGAAUUGACACCAUGAAGAAGGGAGAAGUGAAUUGUGACGGAUGUGCACUGUAAAAAGUACAGUCACAACUUUAAAUCCUUUUUUUGCGGCUGUGAUGUUUCAUCCCAUCAUGAAUUGUGCCAUACCCUUGUAUUUUGUGCAAAGAGAAGCCCCUUGGAGGCUGAACCAAAACCAAACUCCUGCCUAAACGCAUGAUCCCCUUUUAAUAGUAAGAUUUUUUUAGGCUACGAUGCAACUUCAGAUUUUAGUCUGAAAUCCAGUGUGGUGAAAAAAGUACUUUAAUGCCUCUUUUUGAGAGAAAAAAAGCACAUUCAUUAAAAAAAAUGUUAACUUAAUCAGAGGGUUAAACCGAUUUUGCUUCAAAUUAUGCAGAGGAAGAAAAAUGACAGAUGAAUAAAUUGAUGUAAAGCAAUUAAUGGUGUAUUCUUACCCCCAGAUUUUAAAAGUGUUUAAGCGCUUAGUUUCAACAAUUGAAUGCUCUUGAAUACCACACAGGGAAUGUGCUCUACAUUAACCCACAGGCUGCGACAGACGACAGAUUAUUCACUGUUAAUUCAUGGAAGUAUGUGGAGUUGAGUUUGUCCACAAGAUCAAGAAAUGGGAUUUCAGUGUUAUGACUUUUGUGAUUCAGUUGUUCUUUUGUUGUAUCUUGUACAUUUUCUGUAACCACUUCUACCUCAUUCUGAAGACGAACAUUGAAAUAUUUAUUUCAUGUCAUUUCACUAACCAGUUUUAAGGAGCAAUGUUUCGAAUACUUGACCUGUUCUAGUCUACCUCACUAAAGACUGUUGUGUCAUGGAAAUGAAGAUAUACCAAAAAAAU